GAGUAAACUGCAAAGUUUGCGUUACUUAGCAUUGUGGUAGAUGCUGUUUAUGAAAGUAUGCGUAAAAUACGAUACUAUAAGAAAGUGUAAAGUAGGAAGGAUUAUCUGUUAUCAGUCUAAUCAUGAUGGUAUAUUCAUAAUUUUAAUAUGACAUUUAGAUUUUAUCGAUGAGAAGUAGGAAACUAACGUGGUAAAUAUUACGAUUGCGAAUCGAUAAUCAAAUGUUCAUCUGUGUGUUAGCUAGCCUCAUUGUUUUGACAUAUAAUCGUCCUUAUAGUGUUGGCACUAACUGGUUUAUCAACCCUAAAUUUUCGAUGGAAGUUGCCCAACGUUUUAAAUACUGUCGGACAUUUUGAGUCUGAUGAUUGGUGUAAAUAUUAGCUACGAAAACUAGAGCACGUAGAUCUGAAUCUGAACCCUGAUAAUAAGAUCGUUUAGGACUUUAUACUUCUGUAGUAGAUACAAAAUUUUUUGCAGCGAACACAGAAGAUACGAAAACUAGGUGCUGAAGCAUUAAAUACGAUAGUCGGUAUGAUUGCAGUAGGCAAAAUAACGGAAAGUCACGAAUAUUUAAGUAAGUACGAGCGACAAUAAUGUUCUUCGAGAUUCCUAUUUGUACCACUCUAACAGGACAACAACUCGGAAAAAGGCAGUUGUUCAGUUGUGUCGUUCUCAUGAUCAUAGGCAUUGAUACGCUGUCUUCCACUGUGUAUAACAAAGAAUGAUCGAAAAGUUUUGCGACUAGAACUACUGAAAAAAGCCGAUUAUUCGCAAAAAUCAGUACGCAUAUUUCCAGAAACAACAUAAUUAAAGGAGACGCUUAUGGAACUGUCGGUAAGCCUACAAUCGAUAAGAACUUCAUGCGAUCGAAGGAUCAAUGUUCAAGUGGAUUUAGAUCAAUCAAUUAACAUCACAUCUGCGAUCCGACGAUUGGCAUUUUACUCAUUUCUAAUGGGAGUUCCUGGCUUAUGGCGCUUGUUAGAGCCAGCAAGAGAGCCCAUAGAAUUACAACAGCUAUCUGGGAAAAUUAUAGCAAUAGAUAUGAACAUCUGGUUGCAUCAAGCUGUGAAAUCUCGAGGCGCAGCAGGUGGUCCUCGUAACUAUUUGGCUAUAUUUUUUCGUCGUUUAUGCAAAUUACUUUUCUUUGGAAUCAAACCAGUAUUUGUAUUUGAUGGUGAAACUCCAGCACUGAAACGAUCAACUAUGAAUUCAAGACGUCAGUUGCGUAGCCUAACCGAAGCAAAAGCAGAAAAAGCUCAAAAACAUCUUCUUCGUCGACUUUUACGUCGUGUUGCAGAAUCCUCUGUAAAAUCACUGUCAACGUCACCGGAUAAAGUAGAAUAUUUUGAGGAUACUGCGAAAAAUGAACUGUUAAGACGAUUGAGACAACAGUCAGACUCGCAUCAAGCUAAAGAAGAUGCUAAGAUGUUCUCAGCUCCAAAUCAUGACUCAACUUCUACAGCAUGUAGCAAUGAUAAUAAUCGUAUGCUGAGUGAAAAGGCCGGUCUAGAAUACGAUGAGCUGGCGCAUGAUUAUCUGGAUGCUUUCUAUUCAUCGGAUAAGAAGUUUUCUGGGGUUGAUCUCGACUCAGAUGCAUUCCGUGCACUUCCUUUACCAGCUCAAUUACGUGUUGUUCAGCUGUUGAGAGAAAUAUUAGACUCUAGUUCAUGCCGUAACAAUUUAGUGCAAUUUGAUGAUGAAGCACAAUUUAACCCAGAACAGUUCUCAGAUGUUCAAAUGAAACGUUUGCUUUUACGUCGUCGUUUAGCAGAACGUCAACAAGAGUUAUCUGAUAAUCUAACUAAACAAGAAGCUGUUCAACAAAUUCUUCAGUUAAACAAUUCUAUGAUAAAAAAUAUUCUAACGAAUCAAUCGUUAUUUUCAACUCUACCGUUCUCCAAUACGAUACAGCCGACUACUGCUUCAGAGACUACUGAGACCAUAGCUACAGCUAUGCGUAUUCAAUCACAAGAUGUAGGACAUGCUAUACUCAUUAAAAAAUCUCCAGUGAAUCAAUUGGACGAACGAACUAAAUUGCCUUCAUCUACACUAUUGAAUCUUGAAAAAUUAAUUACAUAUAAUACUGAGAACUUAAAUGUGUCUGAUGAAUGCAAAAAAGUGGAAAUUUCAAAAGAGGACCAGAACAAAGAAAUACCUAAUGACGGUUAUAUGAGUGAAAACCUAUGUUCAACGCAAGAGACAAAUAUUUCUACAAAUGAAAAUAUUGUAUAUAACUCUGAAUGUACACCAAUAAAACUAGUUAAUAUCGAGGAAUAUUCAGAUGAACAUCAAGUAUCUAUCCUAUCACAUGUGACUGACAAUAAAAGCCAACUUAAUAAUAAUUGCGAAAAUUACAAUCAACCACUUACGAAAAAUUCUUUAAAUGAUAAUAUGUCCAAUGACUUUCUUCCAGAAAGUUCAUCUACUAUUCCUAAGUUUGACAAGUCAUCGGAGUUUAUCGAAUUACCUAUUCCAGAACAUUCAUGUGACCUUAUGGGAGUCAAAAAUGAUGAAAUUACUGCUGAAAUUAAUGUAUUGUCUUCUGAUAUACAUGAAUCAAAAUCUUUACAAGUACCUCAUCAGGACAAAUAUGAUGAGAUCAAAAGUAGCAGUGAUGAUAACGAUGAUGAUGAUGAUGACUUUAUCGAAGUUGAAACUCACGAACAAGUUGAAAUUUCGAAUACAUCUACUGACUCUAAUUCAUCACAAGAAUAUUCUGUCGAUGAAAACAAUGUUCAAAAUGAGGAUAAAUUAAAUUCUGUCUUCACUGAAGAAGAAUUAACCAGUAAAGAAGUUUCCUAUGAAACUAAUCAACAGAAAGCUGUAUUAUCAUCUGAAUUAGUCGUGGAUGACUAUACCAUUGAUGAUGAUAGUGAUGAUGUAUUGAGAGAAAAAGCUGAUCGUUUGAUGCGUCAAGCUCAGUCGACAACUACGCGUUGUAUUUCAGAAGCCCAGGAUCUACUUCAUUUGUUCGGAUUUCCAUUCGUAGUUAGUCCAGAAGAAGCAGAAGCUCAAUGUGUAGCUUUACAACGUCAUGGUCUAGUUGAUUUAGUUGCAAGUGACGAUUCAGAUGUAUGGCCAUUCGGUGUUAAACUUGUCUGUCGUCAUUUGUUUGGUACUGGUGGUGGCGAUAAUCUAAAAAGAACAACAAAUCCUUCCAUUUACAAACUGGAUGAAGUAAAACGUAAAUUAGGCCUUACUAUAGAGAAUAUUCUCCGUUUGACGCUUCUCUGUGGUAGCGAUUAUACACAUGGAAUUGAUCAGGUUGGUCCAGUUACAGCUAUUGAAAUAUUGAGUGAAUUUGAUGAUGGUGAUGAUUAUUCAUUAAAUUGUGAAAUUAACAACUGGCUUCAUGGUGUUGUUAAUGAACCUUCCGAAAAAUUACUUCAUGAUAUCUUACAACCACUAGAACAAUUCACACAUUGGUGGCAAACUACUCGUUCACAAAAUUCUUCACAAUCAAUGAAAAUACUUCGAAUAGCUGAAUCGAAUCCAAUUAGACGUCGUUGGAUAAAUUUGAAACCAUAUCCAGGGUUUCCAGAUAGCCGUAUUGCACGUGCUUACCUCUACCCAAAUGUCAAAACCGAUUUGCCGCCGUUUAAAUGGGAACCACCGAAUGUACCGCUUCUUGUCAAAUAUCCUUUUUUUUGAAGAAAAGAAAACGUCGCACAACUAGUUAAGAAAAGAACUAGAAAGUGUUCCAAUUUGUUUAUAGAACAUCAAAUAUAUUAGCGGAUGACUCUAACAUGAGUAAAUUACGACAAUAAAUUGUCAUAAUUUUCUCUGAGCUGGAUGUUUUAGUCGUGGAGCUCUCAUUGUUCUCCUGAACAACAUCAGCACAAACUUCAGGUAGAAGUGAAGUGUUCGAACCCCUCUACAUAUGACUCACAGCUUGUCAUACGUGGAGUAAUUCGAACACUUCACCUCCACCUGAAGUUUGGGCUGAUGAUGUUGUUCAGGAGAACUAUGAGAGCUUCACGACUAAACCAUCCAACUCAGAGAACAAAACUCCACUUGAAUUACAAAUUUUUUACACCAUCUCGAAUUGCAGUCUUUAAUAUUCGAAAAUCAACAUCGUAAGAUGAUUUCCUCUAGUACUAUCCAUUCUUUCAUCAACAUAAAAUCGUAUGAAUGGAGUUAAAUAAAGGUAGAUUCAUCACGAUAGUGAAUAAAAACCCUACCUAUCCAUUCAGUGUUAAUCACUGAUUUUAAAGCCUUUAAUGUUUAUUAAUGCUUAAUUUUUCGUGAAGCACGGCUUAUGAAAUUCGCCUUGUUAAGUGCAAGUUGUGUAUUCCAAUUGUAAAUAACUAAGUUUUAGCUGUAAAACAUUGUAUAAGUGAAUAUGCAGUUGUCCUAAGAAAAUGGAGAAAAAGCUGUCAAGAUAUAAGCGUACAAAGAAAGUUUAAUGAUAAAUUUGUUUAUCAAGGAUCUUUCUGUUGACUUGAAAACUCUAUGGAUCAUUAAAAUUGAGUUAUAGGCAAUGUGAAUUAGAUCUAUCCUUAGUGACUUAAGUAAUUAUUGCAACUUAGGAAAUGCUCUUUUUGUAGUCUUGGUAUCAUACUUAUGUGAAGACCACACAUAUUAUUAAAUUGCUUAAACGAGCUCAAAUUCAAUUGUUAGAUCGACUGAGAUAUUAUAGAUAGAGCUUAGGAACUAGAUGUAUUCUAAUUUGACUGGUGUUGACGGCUUACCGUCCCAGUUUAUAAAAGAUGAAACUUUUUUGAUAACCACAGAGGAAGUGGCUUAUACUGAGUCACGAAACGUCAGAAAAUUUAAUUUUUCUACUCAUUGGGAUAUUACAAAUAUAUUAAUUUACUCACACAGAGGAAUUGGUGUCUAAAAUAUUACUCAAUAGUCAAUCAAUACUCAACUAGGGCUUGCGAACAGUAAAUCUGGGAAAAACAGACUGGUUCCCAACCUGGACGUGGAUUUAUCGACCAACUGUUGAACUAAUAUAUACAUAUGUACUAAGUUGUUUAUGACAGACUAUCCGAACAAGGGUCCAAACUCCUUACUAAAUGAUUUAAUCAUUUAUGCCUGGAUUAUCAGGUGGAAACGCCUCCCCCAAAAAUGUUUGUAGUAAAGGGAAAUAAUCCAAUACUCAUAAGUGGAUAAAUUGAGCAACUUUAAUUCCCGAUUCCAAACAUGUCAAUGUUAAUCAUGAAUGAAUAGAAGUUUGUUACUAUUCUUCCUUAGUUUUUUCUAUUACACACACGUGAAUACCUUAUUGGGAUGGAAUACUGAAAAAACAGAAGCUAUGUUGGCUUCUGUACUCAAACAUAGACAAAAUAUGGAGCUUGGGGAUCCUAGAGAAAUUCUUUCGUCCAAAUCACUUAUAACAAAUUUUUUUCAGAUUGAGAAUCAAAAGAUUUUCCAAAAAUCAGAAAUUGCUAGUCAUCCCGUUGAUUCAUCAGAGUUGGAUGAAGUAACGGUACCGAGUAAGCGCGUUCGUCAAGCAGCCAGUCGCUUACGAAAUCAAAGAACAACAGAUCGAUUUUUUAAAGCUCCCAGCACUUCACAGCAUACAGCACUAGUGAAAGAUGUAAAUAACCUGCUUUCUGAAUUACCUAAACUACGUCAGACUCGACGGAGGCAAUCUGUGGAAAAACCUCCAGAGCAAACGAAGACUUUACCCGAGAAAAAACGCAAAGAGAAAGCUCAGAUUAAACCCCAACGUCGUGUAGUAGAACGUGUAUGUUUAUCCGAAGAAGAUGAAGAUUAAAGCAUUGUGAAUGCUCCUCAACGUUGUACAGACUAAACUUUCUUAAUUAAAAUUCUUUUGAAUCUCUUUUGUUUAUAUUUCAACUCGUUUUUUUUUAAUUAUUCACUUAUUUCAAAGACAUGAGUACCUUAUUUUACAGAGAAAUGGAAAAUACACAACAUUUUUUUAAACAACAACCAAAUAACGUUUAUUUAAAUGCUAUGCAUAACUUUUGAUAAUAUUAGAUUUAAUAACAUUUU